AUGCAGAGGAAGGGAAUACGUAUUGCAAACCUGCUGGCCGAGUUGUGCGUCGUCAUUGGCAAAGACUGCAAGAACGUCGCGACCGAGGCAGACGUGAAUAAAUACAUCCUCGGAUACAUGGUCGGGAGCGACGUUCUAGUGAGAUGGUGGCAGAUGCCCGAACGAUCCAGCAACAAACCUUCGGCGAAAUCCUUUGACAAGUUCGCGUCGAUCGGUCCGGUCAUCAAUUCGACCGACAUAAACACGGAUCACACAAAACUGAAGCUGUGCAGUAUCGUCAAAGGAGAGUAG